CAAGCACACAAGGUGAAAAAUGGAAUUGACCAACAAAUACAUUGUGGUGAAGCAUCACAUUGAUGAUGCACCCAAAGAGUCCCAUUUUGAGAUCAAAACGGAGGCUUUCUCUCUGUCAGUUGAGCCAGGUUCUGAUGAUAUCAUCGUGAAGAAUCUGUAUAUCUCUAUUGACCCAUACCAGAUUAACCGCAUGAAGAGCUCCAGCAGUUCCCAGAGUGCUAUCAGCUUUGCAUUGCCCAUAACUCCAAGCAAGGCUAUUGAUGGUGUUGUUAUUGGAAAAGUUGUGGCUUCAGGGAAUGCUAAGUUUGAGAAAGAUGAUUUGGUUAUGGGAGUAUUCACUUGGGCAGAGUACAGUUUGGUUAAAGAAGAAAGCAUACUAAACAAAUUAGAGUCUUCUGAAUUUCCACUCACUUAUCAUCUUGGAGUUUUAGGAUUUAAUGGACUGUCAGCCUAUGCGGGAUUUUUCGAGGUGUGCAGACCCCAAAAAGGUGAAAAGGUGUUUGUCUCAGCAGCAUCUGGAGCAGUUGGGAAUUUGGUAGGGCAAUAUGCAAAACUUAUGGGCUGCUACGUUGUUGGUUGUGCUAGGAGCCAUAAAAAAGUGGCAUUGCUCAAAGAAAAGCUAGGAUUUGAUGAUGCAUUCAACUACAAGGAAGAAACAGAUCUAAACUCCACUCUUAGAAGGUACUUUCCAGAUGGACUUGAUAUAUAUUUCGACAAUGUUGGGGGUGAGAUGCUAGAGGCAGCGAUUGCUAAUAUGAAACCAUUUGGUAGAGUGGCUGUUUGUGGGGUAAUCUCCGAGUAUACUGAUGUUGCAAAAAGAGCUUCCCCAAACAUGCUGGACGUUGUGUACAAGCGAGUCACCAUUAAAGGAUUUUUAGCUGCUGACUUUAUGAAUGUUUUUGCAGAUUUUUUGGCAAAAACUUCAGAUUACCUUCGUACCAACAAGUUGCAUGUGAUUGAAGACAUAUCAUUGGGUGUGGAGAGCAUCCCUUCUGCUUUCGUUGGACUCUUCAGUGGAGAUAAUAUUGGAAAGAAAAUUAUUAAUUUAGCACAAGAUUGAUAUAGGA